UAGGUACGAGAUUGGACUCAUUCAAGAUGGCGGACAAAAUACGCGAAGAAACAGAUCUUUUAGAAAGGCUGUUUCUUCGACUCGGCGCCGCUCAAACUGAUGAACAACUCGAGAAAACAGUUGGGACCUUUCUCGUUCCAUUACUUUUGAAAGUUUCAAGUAAUCACGAGGAUGUCAAGAAAAAGGUUAUGGAGAUAUUGACUCAUAUCAACAAGAGAUUAAAGAGCAGACCCAAACUUCAGCUUCCCAUAGAUGCACUAUUGAAACAGUAUCAAGACCCAACUAUCUCUCCAUUUGUUACAAAUUUCACGAUCCUGUAUCUACGAAUGGGUAUACCAAGACUUGAAUUGGAAAGACAAGUGGAAAUAGUUCCAACAUUGAUACAAUGUCUGCAUCAAAGACCAGUUCCACAACAGGAUUGCAUCCUUCAGCUCAUCAUGCCAGUUCUUGGACUUGUCAAGGUCCCUCAGGAUACGGAACAAAAGGAGGGUUUGUUUUUAUUCAAGCAGAAUCCAGAUGUUGCCAAAGUGUUUCUUGAUUUCAUACUAGAUGUUCUUCUGAUGCCAUAUAGUUCGAGUCAUUCAGCCAAGACAGAGGAAGACCAACUUCAUGAAGAGGAAUCAAGUUCGUCUACCUCUGCAGAACCAUCAAGUCUUCCUGGUCCUGCUAAAUCUACUGGGCCUCCACCUGGUCUUAGCAAUGCUGCUAUUAAGAGAGUGACUGGUGAUCAUCCCAUGGAGGGCGACAGUUUAGAAAAGGUUAAGCUUGGAGUCUUAAGGUUUUUGUCAAAAGAUGUAUUUCAAGAGAGUGAUGUGAUUUGUCAUUUUGUUGUUGCUACAGGAGACUCAAGGCACAGUAUUGGCGAUUUUGCAGACCAUGAAUUAAAGCGGGUUGCAAGUUCAACAGACUGGGAGAAACCUGAGGUUGUCAGCAAGAUGUUUGGUAUCUUUCUUGGUACUGUUGUAACUGCAGGCUCUAACAAGGCCACACUAUCUGCUGACCAGAAGAGAAGCCCAGCAGGUAUAAGAGUUAAACAGAAGAUAUUUCCUUACUUACUGAGGUCAAGAAGAGCUACAGAUCAGUUUCCUGCUUGCAUUCAAGUAGUGUUUGAUAGUCUGUUUGGUGCUCAGCCCAAUGCUAAGCUAAGAGUAAAUGCCGUCCAGUUUGUCCAACACAUGUGUUUGUUCAGCUCUGAUAAAGUACUUGGUGCCAUGGGUCAAGUUUUGUUGUCUGGUAUGACCAAACUUGUUGACGAAGAAAAACAGAAUGUCAAGCUUCGAAGUCUUGCAUUUGGCGCAAUCGGCAAAUUAUCCAGGAGACUUCCAUCAUUAUUCGUCAAUGACAUUGGCCUUGUACAGAAACUAUUCCAGUUUAUAUGUGAGGAAGAAGAAGACGUCAGACUUGCUGUUCAGGAAGCUUUGUCAAUGAUGGCUCCUGCCUUUAGAGAUACAAAAGGAUCGACUAAAUCACUUAUCGAGGCUUUGAUUCUGAAUAAUGUAGAGAAGGAGACGCAUCAAGCAAGGCUUGUAGCUGUACAGUUUGCAAACAGUGUCUUUCCCCCAACACAUAUUCCAUCCAGAUACGUGUGUAUGUUGGCCGUCGCUGACAUCAAAGACGACGUUCGAGAUGAAGCGAAGCGUGGUCUUCGAUUAGUUAAAGAUCGUAGUGUUCUUACGUCAAGUGAACAAAACACAACCGAGACUGGUCAACUUCCAUCAUUUCCAGAGAUWGUGGAGUAUGUUGUACAAAAGGCUUCUGAACGUUUUCAUGGCUCAUCUUGUUAUAUUGCUGGUCACCAUAAGCUUGCCUAUACUCCAGGCAUUUUUACUGAGAUCACACUGUAUCUGAGGCGUUGUUUAGCUGAUAGYGCGGGUGUUACGCAUGAGGACGAGGUAAAUCACGAGACUCUCGUUGUUAUCUCAAGGUACCUGCAGAAUUUGCUUAACAAUAUCAUGGACUCAGAUAUUYCGUCAUCGUCAAUUGGAAAAUAUCUUGAUCUAUUAAAACAAGCUCUUCAACCAAUUGGAGGUGCUGAUUUGCAUACAGUUGCUCUUCAUAGUCUGCUGGAAAUGGUGGCAGCAGUCCCAGCAAGACUUGCAAAGUUCUAUCAUCAACAGUUGGACUGGUUAAAGAGUUUUACUUUAUCUACUAAGCAAGAAGCAAGGGAGUACGCUAGUCGGCUGCUGGGAAUUGUUGUUAGCUCAAUGGGACAAAAAACUUUUAAUGAAGUGAUGUCCGACUUUUCUUCUUCUCUGAGCUCCCAGUCACUGGACAUCAAACAUGGUGCCGCUACAGCGUUAGGUUUCCUUAUUGCCAGACACAUUCACCAAGAACGACUGAGCCAACUAGACGAAGAUGAUGUGAUUUCACUGGACAUCAAACAUGGUGCCGCUACAGCGUUAGGUUUCCUUAUUGCCAGACACAUUCACCAAGAACGACUGAGCCAACUAGACGAAGAUGAUGUGAUUAUAGAAGAUAUGGAGGUAGAUGAACCUAACUCGCAGUCAAGCCAUUUGACAGAUGUUGUAACCAAACUAGAUUCGUCAGGUCGAAUUACAAUUUACUAUCGGUGAAUCUCUUUCUUGUGCUGGCGCUGGAUAUCGUUCUCAGGCAGCUCGUGACCCCUGGACAGCACAGGCAAUGGAAGCUAGGGCCGAUGAGCCUGAUACUGACGUCAUGAAGGACUUGAUAGAGAUGAUAGUCACUAAGCACUCCAAGAAUCCUGUCCCACAUGCUCGGCAGGCCUCAUGUGUCUGGCUGCUCGCUCUCGUUAAAUAUUCGGGAAACCAUUCAGCCAUUCAGGUAUGCUUGUUGGUAUUAGAAAUGAAUAGCCAACGGAAUAUGCAAGUCACUGAGGAGACGAAGGUGUUUGGCGAGGGUGAAUUAGGGAAAGCACCAGAGGGAAGUGGUUUAUCGACGUACAAAGAGCUGUGUUCAUUGGCAAGUGAUCUCAAUCAACCUGACCUUAUUUACAAGUUUAUGCAUCUCGCCAAUCAUAAUGCUCUUUGGAAUUCAAGGAAGGGYGCUGCAUUUGGUUUUAGUAGUAUAGCUGCUCAUUCACGAGAACAGCUGGAACCUCACCUACCAAAGAUUAUUCCUAAAUUGUACAGAUAUCAGUAUGAUCCUAGCAUGAGAAUCCAGCAAGCUAUGUCGAGUAUUUGGGCUGCACUUGUCCCAGAAUCCAAGAAAACUAUCGACAAAUACCUUAAAGCUAUUCUUGAUGACUUGGUUUCUAAUUUAAAYAGCAAUUUAUGGAGAGUCAGGCAGUCAAGUUGUAUGGCCUUAAGCGACCUGUUGAGUGGUCGUGCCAUUGAGGACAUCCUCGAGUAUUUACCUCGUUUGUGGGAAUUGUGUCUACGAGCAAGAGACGAUAUCAAGGAAACUGUUCGACAGGCUGCUGACGCGGCGUGCAGAAGACUUAGUAAGGUUUCUAUACAAGUUUGUGAUAUCAAUCAUGGUAAACUCGGUGAGAAAGCAAUUGCACUUGUCCUGCCAACAUUGCUUGAUAAAGGACUUGCAAGCGGCGCCGAAGAUGUCCGAUCCAUCGCAUUAUCUACAAUACUGAAAAUAAGUAAGAAUGCGGGAUCUCUACUAAAACCUCAUAUCACCGUCCUUGUGAUUGCAUUACUUCAGUCACUUAGUGAAUUGGAACCUCAGUCCAUGAAUUAUGCCAGUUUACACCUACACAAGAACGAAGAAGUACAAGAGAAGCUUGAAAGUGCCAGGAUAGCUGCGUCCAAGAUGUCUCCCAUGAUGGAAACAGUAAACAUGUGUGUCCAAUAUGUCGAUGAAACAGUUUUACCUGAACUUGUUCCCAAGCUCUCAGAUCUUUUACGACGUGGGGUUGGACUGGGAACUAAAGUUGGUUCUUCUAGUUUUGCGGUAUCCCUGUGUCAGCAGUGUUCUCAAGAACUCGCACCGUUUGCAGGCAAACUGUUAAGCGCAUUGCUGUCAGGUCUCAGUGAUCGUAGCUCUUCUGUCAGGAAAUCAUACGCCAGUGCCAUAGGACACAUUGUAAAAGUUGCGAAGGACAGCAGUGUGGAGAAAAUAAUUCAAAAAGUCAAGAAUUGGUAUUUUGAGAAAGAAGAUCACGGGCUCAGGCUGGCUUGCGGCUAUACAUUCCAAUCUAUGACGCGUUACUCGCCUGACGUAAUGAAGAGACAUGUGACCAAGACCCUCCCCACCGUGUACUUUGCUAUGCACGAGAAACAGAAAACAGAAAACACCGGAGCCUUGGUAAAUUCACAUUCUGUUUGGGAGGAAAUAUGGCUUGAAAAUACUCCAGGUACAGAAGGAGGCCUUCGUCUUUACUUGGCUGAGAUCGUAGACAUCGCGUGUACUUCUCUAACGUCACAAGCAUGGCCAGUUAGACGACAAGCCGCUGACACAAUAUCAAGUGUAGCUUCUAAGUUAGGUACCAAUCURCAGCAACCUCAUCUCAGCAAACUCUUAGAAUCUUUAGUCAGUAGUCUUGCUGGGCGAACAUGGACUGGGAAGGAAUCGUUGCUUGAGGGAAUUUUGAAUAUUUGUAAGCAGUGCAAAAAAUCCAUUCAGUCAUCCGACCCCCCAAUUACACCAACCAUUCACCAAGUGGUUGAUUCAGUAUUCAAGGAGUGUAAAAAGGAAAAUCCAACAUACAGAAAAAAAGCUCUUGACUGCUAUGGUCAAAUUGUGGAGGAGUACUCCUUGAUAAGAUUCCAGGAACUAGCAGACCUUAUCUUCCCUCUUAUAGAUCCCGAAUCAAAAGAAGAGGAAGAUGAUCAAGACGAAACACACCAAGAUAUCGAGGAAGAAAGGAUYACAGAUCAGGAUUUACUGGGUGCGAUGUACGAAAGUCUGGGACGAGCGUGGCCAAAAGAGUCUGAUGAUACUUUAGAAUCUCAUGGAAUAAGGUUCAUUUCAGUCCUGGCCAAAGCUUUAACAUCAAGUACAUGGAAGGUUCAGGUUGUCAUACUUCGCGCUAUCAAGUCAUUUUUAAGCAGGUUAAAGUGGCAGUUGUCACCUUAUGGCCCAAAAAACAACUCUGAUAUUACCAUGGAUACAGUCAAACCAGGAGUAAAUACGGACAACUCAGAUAUUUGCCUGGAUACAGAUUCAGCUGCUGCUGCAGAUGAUGGUAGUAAUGACGUUGCUAUAAAUACAAGUAAAGCAGAAGUUACCAUAGAAACAGAGGUGUYAUCACCACCUCUGACAACAUUAGAGACUAUCCUUCAUCGUGGGUUACCGCCAGUGUGCGAAGGACUGGAAAACAAGAAGUACGCCGCAGUACGACUAAAUUCUCUGGAGGUUUUAGAAACACUAGUUGCAACGCUGAAACGUAGAGAUUGUCAAGCUCUGUUGUCAGGCAGUGUUAAAGAACUCAUUCUAGAUGGUUUAAAGUACAUUUACAAUGACAAAGAACCAAGAAUUAAAGAUAAAGCAAUACAACUCAACAAACAAAUUAGAUGAUAACAWUCGCUAUUAGACAAGUGAAAUUUCAAUUUAAUUUUAAAUUAAGAUUUUCAGCAUUUUGAGAAGCUAUGAAUUGAAUAUAUGAAAUUAUUCGUUGGCACAUGCAAAAAGUUUUCGAGUAGAGGUAAAAAAUAACAUCUUAUUGAAUUUCCAWUUCCACAUAUUCUAAGGAGCAAAUAAAAAACAUUCUCCGCUAGGACAUGCAUUUGACGUCAAACCAGCUAUUUCUAUUGAACGAAACAAAUUUUAGAAUARUUGUUUCGCUCCCAGAUGGAGUUGUGCCUGGCGUCCAWCUCGCCCCAAAAGUAGUUUCCCCAAGGGAUCGAGGGYAAUUUUGGGACGAUCAUAUSGACACGAGGCUUGUAAAUUAUAAAAUUCACAACAAGAUUAUUGAAUCAUCGUCUACUACAAUAGAUGUUUUACCAAUGCAUAUAGUCAAUAUUUCUUUCUCUUUUUCUUUYCUUAUCCCUUCCUUCAAGUUUUUAGUUGAAAAAUAAUGUAGUUUAGCAUUGAUUUCAACAACUGAGUCAAUUCGCGUUGAAUCUACAAGUUCAUUAUUAUUUCUUUUUCUUUUCAAAAUAUAAUCAGAUUGUUGAGUACUCAUUUCAACAACUGAGUUAAUCGUAAAUUAUUUUCAAAUUGCUACUUAUUCAGUGUUUGGCUCUCAUUGAAUCACUUAUUCGAAAUCACUUGACUUGAAACUAAAAGCUCUUAGGACAAAAUUCAAAUAAGCCAAAUUAUUGUAGAAUAUCCGCUAAUACUUSUAAUAGGGUUUCAGCAAAUGCAAGCAAGUACUUGGAUACCGGAUUUAGAAUAAGCGCAGACACACGAGGGUAAUAUCUCCCUUUGUCCUGAAAUGAAAUCCCUACUCGACAACCUACUUGCGAGUCUUGAGAGGAAUCACCUUAAGGAUGUACUGACGUAUCCGUUUAUAGACAGCCUGGUUGCUAUGCUAGACGAUGCUAGCCAAUCGGAGAAGCGGGCGCGCGCGCGUUUUCAUGGCGGGAAAAUUUUUACUUCCGGUGUAAAGGUUUUUGUUUACAUAAAAUKUAUGGUAUCAUUUAAAAAAUAUAAUCUUCGGUGCGAAACAUCAAAUGGAUGUGUUUUUUCAAUACUACUUUAUUUACGGCGGCAAGCGCCUCGAACCGUACACCGGUUCGGCCUUCGGCCUCAAGGACGGCGCUUCCGUAAAUAAAGUACAAGAWCGAGUAAAUCCAGCCUCUGGUUUCCAGGGUAUCGUUUAAUAUACUUUGCUUGAUGAAAUWAUAGGAUUCUUUCGUAUUAAUGACGUCACGCGAUGACGUCAUAGAAUGUGUUAUUUUUUGUUUGGGAAGGCUUAAUACUUAAUACGAAAGCGAUUKUACUUUUGUUUGUCAUUUUAGAGAACUACUGAAUUUGCCUAGCAACGGAUAUGUCAGUACACCAUUAAAUGAAGCAGUUAGUCGGGAACCAAAAGAGCGAUCAUUGUUGCCUUGGCAAUAUAUGUCAUAAUGUCCUACUGACGAAAGAUCUAAAGGACUUCAAACUUAACWCAAAUAUUAAAAGUGGCUGUAGAUCUUUCUGUUGAUGUUCAUUAUGUAARUUAUGGUGAAUUACAAAAUAGGCCAAUCAAGUAAAAAAUCAAUCAAAGUAUGUC